AUGCUGCGUGGGACGGCCGGAGUAACACGCUUAGACCGCAUAAGUAAUGACGCCAUCAGGAAGCUGUUCGGUGUAGCCUCCAUUGUUGAUAAAAUGCACGAAGCCCGUCUACGAUGGUAUAGUCAUGUUCUUCGCGCAAAGAACGACAGAGUCCGUAAGAUCGGUCUCAGCCUUGACUCCGGAAAGGGGCCUAGAGGACGUCCAAAGCGGCGGUGGCUCGAUACGUUGUACGAAGAUCUUGAAGCGGCUAACAUCCACCUUGACCAAGCGUUCAAUUGGGAGAAGUCGCGACAACAUAUCAAAAAAGCGGACCCCGCCUACAAGCGGGACAAACGCUAA